AUGCUCUGCGUGCUCCCACUCCUAGUAGCACUUGCAGGCGAUACAUACUCCCUGGUAACUACGGAGACGAAGACAGAUACAACCUACCACAGCAAUGCCGGUGUUCUCAAAUAUGUUAACCCCCUCAUCGGCACCUAUGGAACAACACCAGAUGGCAAUGGCGGCAUGAUUCCAUCGGUCAGCCCUCCCUUCGGUAUGACCCGGUGGACACCGCAGACCCGCGAGAACUUCAUCUCGCAAGUGCCCUACGGUGACAGCGACCGUCUGAUCCAUGGAUUCCAGGCCACGCACCAACCCGCUAUUUGGAUGGGCGAGGCGGGUCAGGUUGUACUGACACCGGGGAUUGGCGAAGUGCAGCCGCUAUUUCAGAACCGAGGCUUGCAGUUCCGGAAGAAGGAUGAGAGGAGUACGCCAUAUGUUUAUGAGGUCCUUGUUGAUGCUGCUCAGCUCUUGGACCGUGACUGGAAUGCCACAGCUGAGGCUGCAGGUGACGGGCCUGUUCCCGGUGGUGCGGGCUCCGUGCCGGAUGAGGUGAAGGAAGGUGCGAAUGGACGGACGCGAAAACGGCAGAUUGAGUCUGUGCUUCGUAGCACAGAUAGUGAUGAAUAUGAGCGGUCAAUUCAGGUAUAUAUUCGUUUUUUUUCAUCCUCGGCACGAAUUCUUUCUGAUAGUUUUCAGGUUUCCAUGUCUGCAGAUUCUCAUGUAGGCCAUCUUCGAUUCGACUUCCAACACAGCUUUACCAAAUUGAAUGAUGAAGAAGAACCGUGGGUGUUUAUUCAAGCAUCGCGUCGGAACUGGACAGGCGAAGUCCAUAUUGACGUGAACAGUCGGGAGGUCUAUGGCUAUAACACCGAGCGUCAGGAUUACCUCCUUGGGCCGGACAAAGCACCAUCGUUCAAAGGAUAUUUUGUAUCUCGGUUUUCCGAGCCGUUUACUAAAUUUGGUGUGGCAAAUGGAGGCUCGAUUACAAAGGAUAAGAUCCACCGACAUGGGAAUUCCACUGGUGCAUAUGUGAAAUUUUCUAACUCGACAUCCCGUGUCGAAGUGCGGACUGGUGUUUCCUACAUCAGCAUCUCCCAGGCACGGAAGAACCUUGAGAUCCAGGCUCCAGAUGAGCACACCUUUGAAGAUACUGUUGAAAAGGUGAAGUCGGCCUGGCUUGAGAAGCUGGGCAGGGUAUCCAUCGAGGGCAUCAACAAGACCCAUCCGGAUAACGACCCCCGCACUAUUUGGUAUACUGGUCUGUUUCAUGCACUCCAGUAUCCAAGUGACUUUUCCGAGCCAACAUCAAAGAAGGAUGGUGCACCGCGUAUUUUCUACUCGGGCUACACUGACAGUGUUCACACCGAGAACGACUCAUACUACCAGUCCUGGUCAAUUUGGGAUACAUACAGAGCCGAGCACUCGCUCUUGACCAUUUUCGCGCCGGAACGGGUCAACGGCAUGAUGCGCUCCUUGCUACGCAUUUUCGAUUGGUCCGGUUGGUUGCCGAUGUGGGCCAACCUGGUCGAGACGAAUAUUAUGAUCGCGACAAAUGCAGAUGUCAUCCUUGCCAAUGCUCUGGAGCGAGGAUUUAGGGGCUUUGAUAUUGGCAAGGCUUGGCAAGCAGUCAAGAAGGAUGCAUACACCCCGCCUGAUCACGAUACCGAUACCCUGUACUAUGAUCGUGAGCCGGGCACUUCAUAUGAGGCCCGUGCUGGACUCACAUCAUACAUGAACCAAGGCUGGGUGUCUAAUGAUGGCUGGUCCGAGGCUGGUAGCCGCACAUUGGACUACUCAUUCAAUGAUUACGCCUGCUCGGUUGUUGCGGCGCACGCGGGAGAGAAAAACGCCACCGGGCAAGCCCUCAAGAAACGAAGCGGAAAUUAUGCGUAUCUUUGGAACAACGAGACUCAGUUUAUGCAAGCCCGAAACGCGAACGGGACGUGGGCUAAUAAUACCUUUGGAUGGACCGAAGGCGAUGACUGGGUCUACACGUUUGAUGUGAUGCAUGAUGUGAAAGGACUGGCUGACCUUUUUGGUGGUCGUGAAUCCUUCCGGAAUAAGUUGGAUGCGCAUUUCCACGGCGGUCACAAUGAUCAUACCAACGAACCAAGUCACCAUGUACCUUAUUUGUAUUCUGCUCUUGGCUAUCCCAACCAAGCAGCUGAGAUAAUCAGGGACAUUGCUUGGGAGAACUACAACACAACUAGUGGGGGACUCGGUGGAAAUGAAGACUUGGGACAGAUGAGUGCUUGGUAUGUCUUCUCCGCGUUGGGGUUGUAUCCUGUCAACCCUGCCAGUGACGAGUAUGUCGUCGGGACACCAUUCUUUGAGGAAGUGUCCAUCCGUCUUCCUAGUGGAGCGAGAACUGGUGGAGCUGUCACCAAUGGUAGAGAGAGGAGGCUUGAAAUUAGCGCUCCGGGGGCAACCACGAAGCCAUACAUUGGUGGUUUGAAGGUUGAUGGCAAACCUGUCAAUGCCCCUAUUUUGAAGCACAGUCAGAUUGUGCAUGCGGGAAGAAUCGAGUUUGAAAUGAGUUCUACACCUACCUCCUGGGGAAGUCGCCCCUUAUGGGAAACCUGA